UCCGAAGCUUGAAGAAAGGAAGUGAACUAGCGAUGAGCGAGACUCGACCGGUACCGAGAAGGGAGAGCCCAUGGGGCACGCCGGAGGGAGAACACCGUCAGCCCAAGGCCCAUCGCUGCAAUGACCGAGCUGAGGACGUCAUCCAAGCUUGUUUUGAGGGAAACCCCUUUAGGACAGUCCCGGGGCCAUUCAAGCUCUUUUAUCAGUGCAUGCGAUCUAAACCUGGGGAGGAACCAACAGAGCCAUAUACAUAUUUGCAGCUGGAUCCUCCAACAAGGGAGGUGAAAAUUGAGUGAAGUCUUCAUAUCUUUGCUUGGAAAAUAAUCUUGUGUCUAACUUUUCUUGUCUCAAGAUUGCCAAAGUUGUGUUCCAUUUGCCUAUAUAACGUUUUGGAGUGUGCUUGAGAUUACAGCUUUCUUUGAUUUGAUACAUAAUGCUAAACUCAUCAGAUAAUGAUUAUGUUUUUAUAUUUUAGAAGCUAAAGAUUCGGUUGCACUAUGUGCGCCAUUCAACU